CACUUCUUUUUCUGGGGGAGAGCCAUGUGUAGACGUGUCUAUACGUUUCGAUAUAAUCCUGGAUUCAGACCAGAGUAGGUCUUGACGCACUGGAACUGAACCCUGACUGUCAGCCAUUCAGAAAGUACCUACUUUGCCUGCAGUGUACUGCAGUGUGUGUACAGUGGUUGUGUUCCAUUUAACUCGCAGUCUGUUUUGGAGCGCUGUCGGGAGCAGCUGGAGCCGAACAAUUACACACAGAUAACUAUGCCACCUCGUCUGUACACAAUGUGUCUGGAGAUGCUGAUUCCACUUAUAGAAAAAAUCGGGGAAAAUUACGACUGGGAACAAGGCACAGGGCCGAUCGACAACUUGGCGGGGGUUCUAACCGACGACCUGCUACUGGAAGCAUACCACAGAGCUUCCAGAGGUGGGGCAGUUGUGGCCUGGACAGACGCCUGGAAGCUGCUUCUCACUCCGAAGUCACAAAGCGUAGUUCUGAGUUGGGAUCACAAGUUGUUGCAGUUUGUUUUGUCCAGAUGCCAGAACAUAAAGACGGUGCUGGUGUCGAGAUGCAAGAGCUUCGCACCCCAGUCUCUUUCCUGGUUGCCUGCGACAGUCACCUGUCUCGAUUUUGACGGAGAACUCUUCUACAGAGGGCUUUUGGGCGCUGCCCUCAACUUCCGGUUCACUAUCGGGCUGAGGGGUUGGCUACCAGAAGCAGCAGCUAUUUUAAACGACCUCCACAUUGCGCGCCAGAAGCAGUUCGUGUCUUCAGCCGGUCUCUCAGAGCUGCAUUUGGGGGCCGUGCAGGUCAAUGCGGCAGACCUAUGUACGAUCCUACAGAGCAUCCCGACGCUGCGUUUACUACGUCACUACCAGCUCGUCACAGCGCUGAACCUGCUGCAUGGCGAGCAAUGGCGAAGCAAUGAGCAUCUGCCCAAAUAUCGACUUCGAAACCUCGAUAUGGACUUCUCGCACGUGGUGCGAUGCCGAAUGUCGCCGGAAGCUGUGCUGCCCCCAGACGUCUUGCAACUAGCUGUGCUCUUGUGUCCUGAUGCCUGCCUUAUUCGCGUACGCUACGACUGCUCCACUCCACACGACGUGCUGUCGCCACUCGCCACGAUGCUUCGCUCAUUGCGGGAACUGAGCGUUGUAUGCGUCACCAGUGGCGAGCGGAGCCACCUGGAUUUUGGAGACCUGACUCCUAUCCUGGAGAAACACGGCUCAGAAACGCUGAGAUCCCUCGAAUUAAAGGUUAUCGAAGAAUUGGAUGUCCACGUGAUCGUAACCACGUGCCCGAAACUGGAACGCCUCGUUUUGAGUGGCUGCGGCAACGUCACGCCAUCCACGUGUCCCAACUACAACUGCAAGGCCCUCAAGCUCAAGAGACUUCGACUGUUGUUCUUCGCGGACGGAGACGACUUCAGCUGGGACCAUGCAGUCCCACAGUGCUUCUGGCGAGCAACGCUGAGGGCAGAACACGGCAGUCGCUUAGAAGGAAUAUUUUUAGAGUCACCACGGAUCACUCCCAACACAGCGGAUGCUGUUUUCUCGAAGCGUUUCCCGGAACUGCAGGUCCUGAGUCUGUGUCGCUAUCCUGAGGUCACGGUGGAUAUCGUGGCGACCGCGUGUGGCCUGGACAAACCCUCACCGCGUUCUACCCGAUACAUACGUUUGAAUGAGUGCGAGAGAAUCGGACCACGGGAGGAACGUCGUCUGAGAGAGAUGCUGAACGGGGUCCAUCUCGUCGUUAACUAAGCGACGGCCAGGAAAUAGGUACAUGCACCAAGACAGUUGUCGCAACUGUACCACCUCCGGGCCAUGGUUCGUAUUUUACAAGAACAAAAACCCAUGUUGUAUUUAAAAUUACGCGUACGUCAUAUAUUUGUUGACUUUUUUAUAAAAAAAAAUGGCUUGUUUCAAUCUGAAGUUCACAUCGGCGCUUUAUGGAGCGAUAGUCCUCUAAAUUCAGUUGAACUCUUAAAUACCAACAAAGCAAGUUAUGCUUGGGGAUGAAAUUGACUAGAACCUGAGUAGCUUACACCGAAAAACAGACACUGGACACCAAGAACCCUCACAACGAGACUUCUCUAUGAGGAAGGCGCUGUGAAGACACACAAGCUUUCAGUCAGCAAUAGUUGACACUGCUUCUACAGGGCAGGAUUAUUUAUUUAUUUAUUUAUUGCUUAUUGAAACUUACGUAUCAAAAUGACUUGCAUAAACAACAUAAAUAUUCAACUGACGCAUAUUAAUGGGUAAUGGAAAGUUUCCUUCGCCUAAAAAUUUAAAAACCAACAAAGUUUCUGAAACUGAUUCUGGUUCCGUCAUUACGUUCAACUAUGUAAAUAACCUAGUCCGUGAAUCCACUGGAAAAAUAUAAUAUUAAACCGUACAUACCAAAACGUAGAGGGUUUAUUAAACUUUCAGGCGAAUAAAAAUGCCAAAUAAUAGGCAUCAAUUAGACUAAAAACCUUCAGACUUAAAAAAAUAUGGAAUAUUUUUGCAGUGUACUUUUUUAUCAACCUGUGAAGACAAGAAGGCGACCGCCAAACAUAUUCUAGUGCAAUGUCAGAUACUGCUGAGUCACGCAAGGAACUUGCCUGCAGUACCAUAAAGCAGCAUUACGGACUGUUGUACAAGGUCUAGUUCGCUGGAGCGUAGCAGCAGUUCUUGACAUGGGUGUUGGUGUCUCGACUCUCACUUUCAAGUGCAGGAGCGUUGACCUAAUAUCGCGGUUUCCAAGAAAACGACGCGCGUGAAGGGCGGUUACUUGACAAUGCCUUUUCAUACAUGAUUGAUUCCAACGACACUGAAGAAGUGUUUACUGCCUCCAUCACCAGGGCGAUCGCUCUCUGCAACGUCGGUAAACUUCUACCAGACAACACGGCGCAACAACCCGCAAGACAGCCAUCUUCAUAAUCGCCGCCUUGAGAACCUAAAAUUUUAUUUAACGAUUUAACGACACUGCCUCAACCGCACUGAUUAUAUAGCGUCUGUUGUGCUGGAUGAUCAAGAACAGAUGAUGGCCUGCAAGGAAGUGGCCGUAGACUAUUACGAAGUCCCGGAAAACUUUUGUCAACACAGCCGAUGUCUCAGUCGAGAUUCGACGUGGGUGUAUCCGGAAUUUUAGCAUUAACACGACACAACCUUUUCGAUAUGACCAGCCGAUCCCCCCACCAAGUAAUCCAACUGAAUGCUCAAUAUACUGAAUAAAAUAGAUACGUCUAAACCGAAAAGGAUUGAUUAAAACUUGUGAAAAAUUCACACGGCGGAACUGGCUGUUUUUUCGUCAUAAAUAAUCAACACAGCGAUAUUUUUUUUUCAGAGGCGCCGAAAUGGCGUGAGAGCUGCAAGAGCCCUAUUUGUACAAAAGUGACCCUUUUAAGGACAAAGCUGCAAUUGAAUUUCCGCGAAAAUGCUGUACAAACAACAGUGUAAAAAGCAAUUAUAAAUUCAAAUGAAGAAGUCGGAAAAUUAUGUAGGCGUACAGCUGAUUCAGUCAGCCCACUGCGGUUUCUGUAACUACGCCAGGUGCAUCUGACUUUCACUUCCACCGUAUUACAUUCAUAAUUAGAAUGGAGAUCUAAUUUUAUACGAUACAUGAACAGUGAUAAGGAAAGCUAAAUAAACCAUCAUCUCUGCUUCUAUUACAUUAAAACGUACUAGUAAUCUGCAUAAAAUUGCAGGCCUAAUAUAAUUCCGUAUCACUAUGCUUCUUUGUUGUAACUCCACAGUGAAU